AUGGGCGUUCUAAAACUUUUCAUCUCCCCAUGGAUAGCCUGUACAGUACCGAUAUGGUUCAUCCUAUACUACACAAUCCCAUACUUCACAAGCUACAAAACCCUUUCCCGGGUUCCGGGCCCAUUCCUGGCCAAAUUCAGCAAUCUAUGGGUUGGAUACAGUGCUCGACGAGGAAAAAAGUUCGCAGCCGUUGACAGCGCGCACCGAAAAUACGGCAAGGUUGUACGAAUCGGAUUCAAUCAUGUUUCCAUCGCAGAUGAACGGGCCCUCAAUGUGGUAUAUGGGCAUGGAAAUGGGUUUCUGAAAGACCACUACUAUGAAGCUUUCAUCGCCCGUACUCCCGGUAUGUUCAAUGUUCGCGACCGGGCAGAACAUACACGCAAACGCAAAAUCAUCUCGCAUGCAUUCUCACCGAAAUCCGUGGCUGCUUUCGAGCCUCACAUGGCCGCCAAUCUACAGCGAUGGGUUAUACAGCUAGACCGCAUUGCAGGUAUGGGACCGAAAUCAACGUCCCUUGACGGUAGCCCAGGUACCUUCGCCAGAUUCAACGCUAUGCCCUGGUUCAGCUACCUCGCCUUCGACAUUAUUGGGGACCUGGCAUUUGGAUCUCCAUUCGGGAUGGUGAAUAAAGGCAAGGAUGAGACAGAGGUGCAGCUUGUACCCGGGGGCCCCAUGUCCACCGCUCCAGCCGUCGAAGUCCUGAAUAGACGUGGAGAGGUCUCGUCUACUCUUGGCCUUCUCCCAGCUUUGCGUCCUUGGGCAAAGUAUCUACCGGAUCCCUUCUUCACGAAGGGUAUUGCGGCCGUUGAGAACCUGACUGGAAUUGCGGUUGCGGCCGUUGCUUCGCGGUUAGAUGCAGCGGAGAAGGGGCAAAUCGAUACACGAAAUGACAUCCUGUCUCGAUUGUUGCAGGCCAAGGAUGCUAAUGGGAACCCGAUGGGCCGGGAGGAACUUACGUCUGAAGCACUUACACAACUAAUUGCUGGUUCCGACACGAUCUCCAAUACCUCUUGUGCGGUGUUUUAUUGGAUUCUUCAUGGCGAGCGUUGUGCCCCCGGGACUAUUGUUCCCCGACUACGAGAAGAGCUUGAUCAAGCCAUUGGUGACCAGCCGGAAAUUGCCUCAUACAGCCAAGUGAGAGAUCUACCAUUCUUACGUCGCUGUAUUGAUGAGGGGAUGCGGUUACACUCUACUUCUGCUAUUGGCCUUCCUCGUCUUGUCACUGAUAAUGGGUCUGGCGUGGAAUUUGAUGGAUAUUUUUUCCCGCCUGGAACUGUGCUUUCUGUUCCUUCUUAUACUAUACAUCAUAUGGCGGAAAUUUGGGGGAGAUGA